AUGCUAAGCUCUCUCAAAGUCACAGAACCUAAUUCCCCGGAGCAGAAGUUUGAGUCCAACAUCGUCAUAGCUGAUGAAGAAGGCGAGGAGGAAAACGACAGUCCAAUAGAAGAAGUCCGGUUAACCGUACCGAUAACCGACGAUCCAUCUCAACCAGUGUUGACAUUCCGCACGUGGUUCUUAGGAAUAUCCUCAUGCCUUGUACUUGCGUUCGUGAACCUCUUCUUUGGUUACCGGUCGAACCCGCUCAUGGUAUCCUCAGUCGUGGCUCAGAUCGUCACUCUCCCACUAGGAAAGCUCAUGGCCACGACUCUACCAACGAGGAAGUUUCGGUUACCCGGUACGAGUUGGUCCGGUUCGUUGAAUCCUGGACCGUUCAACAUGAAAGAACAUGUGUUGAUCACUAUAUUCGCUAAUACCGGAGCCGCAGGAGCUUAUGCGACGAGCAUCAUAACCAUCGUUAAAGCAUUUUACCACAGGGAUCUCAACCCCGCUGCCGCCAUGUUGCUUUUGCUAACCACUCAGCUGCUGGGGUACGGAUGGGCGGGUAUGUUCAGAAAGUUCCUUGUGGACUCACCGUACAUGUGGUGGCCUUCAAAUCUUGUUCAAGUCUCUCUCUUUAGAGCCUUACACGAGAAGGAGGAAAACUGUGAAGGCAAACAAACAAGGCUUAGAUUCUUCCUAAUAGUCUUCUUCUUAAGCUUCCUUUACUACAUCAUCCCUGGCUACAUUUUCCCUUCCAUCUCAUCCCUCUCAUUCGUCUGCUGGAUAUGGACUCGCUCUGUGACAGCUCAACAGAUCGGUUCAGGACUUAAUGGUCUAGGCAUUGGCUCGGUUGGUCUCGACUGGUCAGUAGUUGCAGGCUUCUUAGGCAGUCCUUUAGCCGUACCAUUCUUCGCUAUAGCCAACUUCUUUGCUGGUUUCUUCAUCUUCUUGUACAUUGUCCUUCCUAUCUUCUACUGGAGCAACGCUUAUGAUGCAAAAAAGUUCCCUUUAUUUACAUCUACUACAUUUGAUCACACUGGUCAGAAGUUUAACACCACUCGUAUCCUCAACCAGAAAAUGUUUGAUAUCAAUCUUGCCGCUUACGAAAGCUAUAGUAAGCUUUACCUUAGCGUUGUGUUUGCUCUCCUCUAUGGACUCAGCUUCGGUAGUCUUACCGCAACUGUUUCUCAUGUUGCCCUCUUUGAUGGAAAGUUUAUCUGGGGGAUGUGGAAAAAGUCGUCAUUAGCAACAAAGGACAAGUAUGGAGAUGUGCAUACAAGAUUGAUGAAGAAGAACUACAAAGAAGUACCUCACUGGUGGUUUGUUACGGUUCUCUUUCUUUCCUUUGCGUUAGCUCUUUACGCAUGUGAAGGAUUUAGCAAACAGCUUCAGCUUCCAUGGUGGGGACUUCUACUCGCUUGUGCCGUUGCCUUCACCUUCACGUUACCUAUAGGAGUUAUCCAAGCCACUACAAACCAUCAAAUGGGUCUUAACGUUAUAGCGGAACUAAUCAUUGGUUACUUGUACCCGGGGAAGCCACUAGCCAAUGUGGCUUUCAAGACUUACGGUUAUGUGAGUAUGUCUCAAGCCUUGUCUUUCGUUGGAGACUUCAAACUUGGUCAUUACAUGAAGAUUCCUCCGAGAUCUAUGUUUCUUGUUCAGCUUAUUGCGACCAUGGUUUCUACAUCUGUCUGUUUUGGGACCACAUGGUGGCUUCUUUCUUCGGUAGAUAACAUCUGUGUUCAAGAUAAGCUUCCCAAAGGUAGCCCCUGGACUUGCCCUGGGGACACACUGUUCUUCAACGCGUCGAUCAUAUGGGGAAUCAUUGGUCCUGCAAGGAUGUUCACUAGUAAAGGUGUUUACUCCGAGAUGAACUGGUUCUUCCUCAUUGGCUUCCUUGGUCCUGUCCCGGUCUGGUUCUUUGCAAGGAGGUUUCCAGAGAAGAAGUGGAUAAAGCAGAUUCAUGUCCCUUUGAUCUUCUCAGCUGCUAGUGCAAUGCCAAAGGCUAAGGCUGUGAAUUACUGGUCGUGGGUCAUUGUUGGUGUGAUUUUUAACUACUAUAUCUUCAGGAGGUACAAAGGGUGGUGGGCGAGGCAUAACUACAUCCUCUCUGCUGGUCUUGAUGCUGGUACAGCGAUCAUGGGAGUGCUGAUCUACUUUGCGUUUCAGAACAAUAAUAUAAGUUUUCCUGAUUGGUGGGGGAGUGAGAACACGGAUCAUUGUCCUUUGGCGCAUUGUCCUACAGAGAAAGGGAUUGUGGUUAAGGGCUGCCCGGUGUUCUAA